CAGACAGUUGCAGACGACUUCAAUUGAUUGUCAAAUAUUCUAAUUUAUUCCGAAAUUUGUCAUCUAUUUUGCAUUAAUAAAUUAGAGCAUAGAGUGUAACUUUAAUUUGUAAUUUAAAUAGAAAAUAAACAAGCAAUGAUGCAUAAUGUCAGAGAAAGAAAUGUAGGUUAUUGCAUCAUCGACGAUAAUAUUUUUUUGAGUUCAUCAUGUGGUCAUCUGUUACAUGUGACAUAACCUGCAAAACUUGCUUAAUAAAGUGAUAAAUAUAGGAUAAAUAGAAUAAAUAGUAUUAUUUAUAAACGAAAACUAACAAGAUGAUUUGUUCGAGAAUUCUUAGUAAGAGAAUUAAAAAUGCGAGUGUCGUUUUUAAUAGAAAUUUACAACAAAAUAAGACAGAAUUUAUAAAACCAGAAGUUACGGAAGUUCAGAUCAAAGUUCCCUGGGGAACUAUUGCAGGUAAAUUUUGGAAUUAUGGAUGUAAACAACCGAUACUUGCCCUGCAUGGAUGGCAGGAUAAUGCUGGUUCCUUCGAUAUGUUAGCUCCACUUCUUAAAAAUAGAUCAAUUCUAGCGAUAGAUGCACCAGGUCACGGUAUAUCGACCUGGCUACCGAAAGGAAUUCCCUAUCACGAUUCAGUAAUAAUUCACGUGAUUCGAAGAAUAAAACGAUAUUUCGGCUGGGAAAAGGUGAAAUUAAUGGGACAUUCCGGUGGUGCUAUCGCUAGCUUUCGAUACGCUUCAUUCUAUCCCGAAGAGACGGAAUUUGUCGUUGCCAUUGAUGCGCUUCAAUUUACGCCUCUGACUCCUACGAGAUUUCCACAAAGCAAUAAGGACGUUGCCAGUGACAUCGAUAAAUUUCUCAUCUACGAGGAGAAAAAUUCACCAGCUCCAUGUCAUACGGAACAAAUGGCAAUUGAAAGAUGGAUGAAGGCAACGCACGGUUCUUUGAAUGAAGUCGCAGCCAGAACUUUAAUGAUUCGAGGAGCAACUCGAAAGGAGGACGGUACUUAUUAUUUUAAUCGUGAUCCAAAUAUUAGACUGAAUGCUUCGAAUAUUGGUUACACUCUGGAUCACUUGAAGGAGGUGGCAAAAGUCAUCAAUUGUCCUUAUAUUCUCCUAAGAGGGACCGAGUCCAAAUUGAAAGCAAUUUUCUCGCAGGACAUUAUGGACGUAAUGCAAAAUUCUUGUAAGGAAUUUUCCGUUCACAUGGUGCCGGGAACGCACCAUUUACACAUGGUAAAUCCUCAAGGAACCGCCGAUGUUAUAAAUCCCUUUCUAGACAGAAAUAAUAAAAUUUAAUUAUUUUUAUUUCAAUUAUAGAAAAAAAAUUCUAAAUUAAUAAAUUAAAUUAAAUAUUAUAAACACUUAUAUUUAUUUUCAUAUCGAGUUAUUUUUUGUAAAUUAUUAGAAAAGAAAAAAUCCUAGAUGGAUUUGAAAAAUCGGUUUUGAAAUUUUAACAAUUUGACCGAUUCGAUAAGUAUUAACUACUGACCUAUUAAUCAGUAUGUAAUUUAUAAAUAUAAUGUGUAAUAAAUUUUAAUAUUUAA